CUCUCUCCCUCUCCCCGGCACCUUUGCUCCACUUCUCGCCGAGGAGGCGCACACAGUUUCUCGCUAUCCUCCUUCACCGCUCGUAAAAAGGGGUUGGACCAAACACGAGGAAAGAAAAGGCAAAACAUUUUUUUUUGACAGCAUGAACAACAGUUUCCUCAACAUGGCGUCGAUAGGAGACUUCGACCCGCUCAACGCGACUAUCCCUGCCACCAAAGUUGAAAUCACAGUGUCCUGCAGAAACCUGCUGGAUAGGGACACCUUCUCCAAAUCAGACCCAAUAUGUGUUCUUUAUGCACAAGGCAUGGGCAACAAGGAGUGGAGAGAGUUUGGGAGAACGGAGGUGAUAGACAACACGCUAAACCCGGACUUUGUGCGGAAAUUCAUUUUGGACUACUUUUUUGAAGAGCGACAGAACCUGCGAUUUGACUUGUAUGAUGUUGACUCGAAGAGCGCCAACCUGUCAAAACACGAUUUUCUGGGCCAGGCCUACUGCACUCUGGGAGAAGUGGUUGGAUCACUGGGCAGUCGCUCGGAAAAACCUCUUGGGGGCAUUCAAGGGAAGAAAUGCGGGACCAUCAUCGUGAAAGCCGAGGAGCUGAACAACUGCAGGGAAUCAGUGAUGAUGCAGUUCUGCGGGAACAAGUUGGACAAAAAAGAUUUCUUCGGCAAGUCCGACCCCUUCCUGGUUUUCUACAGGAGCAACGAGGACGGCACGUUUACCAUCUGCCACAAGACAGAGGUGAUCAAGAAUACGUUGAACCCAGUGUGGCAGGCCUUUAAAAUCCCCGUCCGGGCUCUUUGCAAUGGGGAUCACGACAGAACAAUCAAGGUCGAGGUGUACGACUGGGACAGAGAUGGCAGUCAUGACUUUAUCGGGGAGUUCAGCACCAGCUACAGAGAACUAUCCAGAGGGCAGAGCCAGUUCAACGUCUAUGAGGUGAUAAAUCUGAAGAAGAAAGGAAGGAAGAAAAAAUACCUCAACUCUGGAACGGUAACGCUGCUGUCUUUCCUGCUGGACAUUGAAGUCACCUUCCUGGACUACAUCAAAGGAGGGACCCAGAUUAACUUCACCGUGGCCAUCGAUUUCACAGCUUCCAAUGGUAACCCAGCCCAGCCCACCUCUCUCCACUACAUGAGUCCCUACCAACUGAAUGCUUACGCAAUGGCCCUGAAGGCAGUGGGAGAAAUCAUCCAGGACUAUGACAGCGACAAGAUGUUUCCUGCACUCGGGUUCGGAGCCAAGCUGCCGCCCGACGGACGGAUCUCCCACGAGUUUGCCUUGAAUGGGAACCCUCAGAACCCGUACUGUACGGGGAUCGAAGGCGUGGUGGAGGCCUACUACCAGAGUCUGAAGUCAGUUCAGCUCUACGGACCCACCAACUUCUCCCCUGUCAUCAACCAUGUGGCCAGGUAUGCAGCGUCAGUGAAGGAUGGCUCCCAGUACUUUGUGCUCCUUAUCAUCACAGAUGGCGUGAUCUCAGACAUGGCACAGACCAAGGAGUCUAUUGUCAACGCCUCCUGUCUGCCGAUGUCAAUUAUUAUCGUGGGGGUGGGGCCCGCAGAAUUCGAUGCCAUGGUUGAGUUGGACGGCGAUGAAAUCAGGAUCUCAUCCAGAGGGAGAUACGCUGAGAGGGACAUUGUUCAGUUCGUCCCGUUCAGAGACUACAUCGACCGGACGGGGAACCACAUCCUGAGCAUGGCACGGCUCGCCAAAGACGUCUUGGCCGAGAUCCCCGACCAGUUCCUCUCCUACAUGAGGACCCGCGGGAUCAAGCCGUCCCCAGCGCCGCCUCCCUACACGCCGCCGGGGCAGCCCAUACAGACCCAGAUAUGAGGAGCCGAGGAGAAUCAUGUUUCUGAGUCGGGGGUUAGCUGAACCCACCGUGCAAAAUACUUCCAAUCUCCCUCGAGCCGCUCUCUAAUGCCUUGUCGUCGUGGAUCACGGUGUUUUUUUCUCGUGUUCAGGAAGCUGCAUGUCGGGCCAGGAGAGUGUGCUUUGGAGGACAGGAAAAGCCAAUGAGAGUCUGUUUACUUCCACUGUUAAGCAUUCCUGUUAAUGUCUGGAAUUUUGUUUUUUUGAUAGAGUUGGAAGAGACUGAAUGCUCCCUGGGAGGAUGAGAAGGAAUGAAUGAAGGACAGCUUUGGAAACAUUAUCAAGAGAAUGUCUCCAGACAAAUCAAAGGAAUCACUUGAUCUUUUUUCCUGUAAAUAACCGGACAUGUGUUCUUUCUCUUAUCUCUCUCCGACUCACUCAUUGUUUACAGUAAACGCUAACAAGGAUUUUUACUGUUGAUACUUUUAUAUUCACACAGUUUCUAUAUGAAGCUUGAUAUAUUCUCUCUCUCUCUCUCUCUCUCUCUCUCUCUCUCUCUCAUCUCUCUCUCUCUCUCUCUCUCUCUCUCUCUCUCUCUCUCUCUCUCUCUCUCUCUCUCUCUCUCUCUCUCUCUCUCUCUCUCUCUGGUGUCAGGUAGCAGCAGUGCAGGUCCUGGUAGCUCUUCUGUACCGUGCUGUACCGUACUCUAUUCUUGUGUUUCUAUUAACCUUUUUGCAUGAGUGUAGCCUCGGUCAAGUGCAUGCAUAUACUGUAGUAUCCCUGCACUACCUCUUCUACCCAUUUGUCUGUCUGUCUGUGGGGGGGGUGAGUGUGUGUCUGCCUGUAUCUCCAUUAGUCACCUCCCCCUCUCUGUCUGACUGCACUGCUCUCAGGUCCGUCUAUACAUCUCCCUUUUGCAGCUUUUCUUCCAGUCUUUAGUCUUCACUUAGCUGGGUUUCCAUUAAAAAAUGUCACACAAGUUAGGGUAUUAAUGAUUUCUGAAUGCAUGACUCUCUCUCUCUCUCUCUCUCUCUCUCUAUCUCUAUCUCUAUCUAUCUCUAUCUCUCUCUCUCUCUCUCUCUCUCUCUCUCUCUCUCUCUCUCUCUCUCUCUCUCUCUCUUUCUAUCUGUGUCUAUGUUCUCCUCCAAACUGCCUUGGCAAUAUGAUGCCCACGUGCCCAAGGGUUUCGUCUCAUUGUGUCGUCCAACACCACGUCCCCGUCCCACGUUUAAAACGACAACAGCUGCUCUCAAACUGAAUACGGUUUGAGCAUCAAGAGCCCAGUAGUAAAAAAUGCAGAGAAAAACACACCUUUUUCCCUAUGUUGGCUUUUUGUUCCACUUUUUGCAUUGUGUACUUUUUAUUGCACCUUUAUCUUUGAUAUAGCUUUUAAAACCUUUUUUUUUUAUGACGUGUAUUCUUUAUGUGCCAACCAUGUGUAAGAGGAUGAUUUGUGUGAUUCACUGAGGUUGUCUUUAUCAUUUGUUCUAAAUGAUGCAUGAAGAGGUCUGUUUUUGGCAUGAAUGUUGAGGGACUGUUCAGUGUUUCAAAGAGUGGAUGUGUUAAUGAGAUUUGUGAAAAAACAUUAGAUUAAAUGUUUGAAAUGUCUCCGGUCAUGAUUGAAUUACAUGCAAUUUAAGCAUUGCAGUGAUGUUAAAGCUUCCCUGUAAUUUUGUUGUAUCAACACCCUACAGUCUUAAAUUAUAGCACAAACAUUAUCAUUAUUUAUUUUUUAAUUACUGUAAACCUCAUGAUCAUCCCAUAAUCUGCUGAUUACUCUGAUGUCUUAUCAAUAGAGACUUUUCAUCUAUUAUCAAUCCAACACUAGUUACAGACAUUUUGAGUUUGUUUCAAAAGCAAAUGUGUCUUUGAUAUACAAUGUAUGUGCCGUGUUGCUGCUACCGGCUGCACUCAGGUCUAUUGCAUAAUUUUGGCCAUUUUUCCAGCAGUGAAAAUUAACAUUGUGGCUCGAAUUUAGGAAAAAAACAUGGAAAGUCACACUAUCAACCCAGACAAGACACUACGCACCUUAACUGACAUUUUCUACCUUUUCUUUGAAAUCUUACAUCGCUGCUUUCUCUAGCUUGAUAUAGGUUAAUCAAUCUUUACAGUCCCCUCCUGUGUAGCCACUGUAGCAAAAUUGGACUAACUGUGUGUUUGCUUAGCUAGUGGAGUCGUGUUCCUGCAGCCACCCACUGUGUUCACAGCGUAGCGCGGCACAUCAUUAGGACUGCAGGUCAUUCUACGCAGGUCAUUACUGCCUCAGCAGAUACACUGUACAACUGUUAGGGAUCCAGCACUGCGGGGGUCAAACAAGACAUUUCUUAGAGUCAGCUAAGUGUUUGAUGUUAGUGCUUGGUGACAGCUUAGCAUACAUCCCUUCUGGUGGAGACACAUUUCUAUACGAAGACUUUUUAAAAAGCCUGUUGAUAUAGCCACUGUUAACACUAAUUACGGCUACGGGGUUAAAUAUUUAACAGCUGUUAUUUGAUUGGUUCAAUGAGAAUAUUCUACUCAUCAAUGUAAUUGCUAUAUUACUGGUAAAAUGUAAAUUUCUGAAUCAAACUGACUGAUUUGUCAGGAAAACUCUGUCUAAAGUUAGCUAUCAUUAGCUAGGCAUCUAGCUAACAUUAGCCACUGUAAGCUAGCAUACAUUCCAGACCAAGAAAAGCUGUAGUGCCAGUGAAAUGUAUUGCUUAUGUAUUCAACUAUGUAAGAGGAAGAAUGUAAUUUCUUCUUUCAAAAGUCUCAGAUAUCUUUUUAAAGAUGAUCCCAACAAAAACAAGAGAGAAAGGUAACGGGAAAUGUACUCAACUUGUUGACACCUUCAAUGAAGCUGCUUCCUAUACAUGUAUUUAUAAAAUCUUUCAAAUUAGAAUUGGCUGACCAGAUUUAAACCUGGGAGUUGUUGUUACAUGGUGGACCUUUUUAUAAAAACAGCCUACAGGAUGUCCCUGUCUUGCCAUUUGAAUGGCUAACUACCUCCUGUUUCAAGUCACAUGUUCUUCAGCAAAUCCAUUUCAGGGUAGGAAAAUACAUCUCUUACGUCAUGCUCAUCUUGCCAUAAUUAAUUACAACAAUCAUAGUUGUUAUUAUUUUGACUUAAAAUGUUGGCCUUUCUUUACUUUCAUACAAACACAUUAUUGCCAUAGUCAUUGGUGCCUUUUAUUUUCUGUUGGUCUGCUUUGUGUGAACAGAAAUUAUUAGUUAAACUCAUUAACUUUGCCCCUAAAAGUGUGUGUAUGGGUGUGCAUGCCUUUGAUAUAAAUAUUCUUUGUGCGUGUGAGCAAGUGUGUGUGUGCGUGCCUAUGUGUGGCACCUUUUUAUAAGAGUGUUUUAAUAGACAAUGUGAGGUGUUAACACACAUAAGAUCUUUGUUUACUAAAGCUAUCCAAAUAAUAUAUAUUGUAUGCUCGUCAUAUCUUCUUAAUAACGUGCACUAUGUUUGCAUGUACAGUUUUACAAAGGAUGCACCAGUUCCUUUUGUUGAAAACUGGUUGUUUUGAAAUAUAAAAAUCUAUAUGAUAAUUAACUGUACAAAAUGGCCUUAAAUCUUUCACAGAUUUUCUUGGAAUUGUGCGAUGCCUUCUUCGGAAAAAUGAAUUGUUUUGAUGAAUUAAUUGUUAUAUAUUUUGUGUCAGUGUUUCUAUUGCUUUUUAGUGGAUUUUCUUUGCACAAGUUGAGUUAUGGAAAAAAUAAUGAUCUUGUACUUUUUUGAAAACGUGAUUAUUAAUCAGAGAAAGCAUGGCUGAAUUACUGCUUGUCUGAUAAUAUAUAAUAGAUGACUAUUUCUGUAUCAAACUGGAUUUUUAAAUAAAUAUUCAUAUCAAACACAA